GCGGAGGUACAAGCAGCACCAGCGCCGCCGCCGCCAGCACAGCCGCCCACCCUGCCGCCGCCGCGGUGCUGUCGUCCGAGUCCCGCAGCCGGGUCAGCGUGCUUCCUUCGCCGCCUGUGAGCCUGGGGAACCUGCAGCUCAAAGCCGCCGCCAGCCACAGCACCAUGUAUCCCGGGAACAAGCGGAAAAAGAUCUGGAGGGAAGAGAAAGAACGUUUGUUGAAGAUGCCACUAGAGGAGAGGCGUAAAGAAUAUUUACGGGAUUAUGUUCCUCUGAAAGAUAUCCCAUCAUGGAUGGAAGAAAUAAAAAGCAAGACCCAAAGUGACGAAGAAAACACAAAGGAAGCUUCACCGGUGCAGAAAAGUCUGAGUGAGAAAGUCUCCCUCUACAGAGGCGAUAUCACGGUGCUUGAGAUUGAUGCCAUCGUUAACGCUGAACUCUUGGGCAGAUCCAAGCUGCAGAUCAUCAUCAUCAUCAUCAUACAACAUAUGAAGCAGUCCUACUAUAAAAUGAUACUACCAGCUAAUGCAACUCUUCUUGGAGGUGGCGGUGUUGAUGGCUGUAUACAUAGAGCAGCUGGGCCCUGUCUAUUUGCUGAAUGUCGCAACCUGGGCGGAUGUCAAACUGGACAAGCCAAAAUCACUUGUGGUUAUGACCUGCCUGCAAAAUAUGUCAUUCAUACUGUGGGACCUAUAGCACGAGGGCAUAUUAAUGAUAGCCAUAAAGAAGACCUGGCAAACUGCUAUAAAACCUCCCUGAAACUGGCAAAAGAGAACCUCAUCAGAUCGAUUGCAUUCCCGUGUAUUUCAACAGGAAUUUAUGGUUUUCCAAAUGAGCCAGCUGCAAUCAUUGCACUUACUACAAUCAAGGAAUGGUUAAGCAAGAAUUUUCACGAGAUGGAUCGUGUCAUUUUGUGUGUAUUUUUGGAGGUUGACUACAAAAUUUACAAGAAGAAAAUGAAUGAAUUCUUCCCCACAGAGGGAGUGGAGCAAAAAGGCCAGUCUUCUUCACCCGUGAAAUGCAAAGCAAAGCAAUCUGAGAACCCGGAGGAGGAUAAUGAGGGUGACAAUGACGGCGAAGCAAAGCAAAGCCCUGAUGAAAUUGAGAGUCAGAGUCAAGAAGCAGAUGAGGCAAAACCAACAGUUACAAACAGCGCAACAGAUGAAGAAGAGAAGCUAUGCAAGGAAAAAGAAUCCUCCCAAGAUUCCAAAGCUACACAAGAGCAUAAUCCAGUGCCCCUUGCAACCGGUGAACAAGAUCAAGCGGACGGGCUCCAAGACGAUUCCACAGAGGUUGAAAUGAACACUCAGACAGAUUCUCAAGUCUCCUACAUGGAAGCAGAAGAGACUUUGAUAAGCGAAGAAGAGACCACAAAAGAAGAGAAACCACAGGCUCCUGAAGUAGACAAAACUAAUCAAGAGAGCAAAGGGGAAGAAAAAGGAGCAGAACAAGAAAAAGGGAAGCAGGCUACAGAGCCUGAGCAGCCCGAAGGUCCAUGCGAUACAGAAAACAUUUCAAGUAAUGACGUUGAAAUGAAUAGUCAGGUUGAAAACAUAGAUGAACCUACAGAAUCCCAGAAAGAAAAUUAAUCCGUAGAAGACCAUGAUAAGAGAAGAGAACAGGGCGUGGAACAGGAACUGCAGUCAUCGGUGCAUUAUAUGACAACAUUCUUGACUAGCAGAAAACAGCACACCAUGGCGUGCAAAAUGGGGAUGUGGGAAGGGAGGGUGACAAAGGGACAACCAUUCUUUACAUUAAUUUCUCUUCUCUGUUUCAUUUUGUUCAGUAAAACGACAUGACGCUUCUCUACUUUGGUUGUGGUGUCUUGGUUUCAUUUUCUUUGCUUCAUUCCUGUAUUUCCUGCACCUUCUUUUGGCAAUCUAACCCCUCCUUUCUGCAAAAGAUAUGUAUUCUUUGUUUCUAAAUAUGGUUUCUUAUGAUUACUCUUCAAGGCGACAUGCGUAGAGGACAUUUUAAACAUGGACCCUCAAAAGUCUACGGGUUUGUUCUGAAUGGUAACAAAGCACUUGAUUCUGCAGCUACCUGCAGUGAGCAACGACGGUGGCAAUAUCAGCCCCUUUGCCUCUCUGGUACUUUCAGCCCGCCAAUGCCAGUGCAUAAUAAUUUCAGCUUGUUAGACUUUUCCUACUUCCCAUAGAACAGCACAAGAAAGGAGUGCAUAGAGAUUUUAGUGUGAAUAAAGAUUUGGUUCAAAUAUUACCAGCCCCAAGUGGAAACUGCUGGGGGGGGGUGAACCCUCUUCCUUUAGGCUGAGAUCCCAUGCAGGGACUUCUAAUGAAGCCAGAGGCUGGAAAAUAUUUCCAUGUGGAGAUUUGCCAUAUGAUGGGGCUAAUUCAUCUGGUAAGAGGCUUGCAAGCAGUACAAAGUGUUUGCCAGUGGCCUCCACGUAGGAGCAAAUGACAUCUGAAUUGGCCUUCAGACCUAUGCUUUAGCUAGGCCAAUCUGGAUGGCUGAGGUUACCCACGGACAGAAUGAAUAUAUGGAGACUCCGUCUAUCAGUGGGUCUGAAUCCUGAUACCUAAGCAUGGACCAUCCAUGCUCAGUUCACCUUGGAUUGCCAAACAACAGGGGGUUGGUUUCUUUUUCCCAUCCUGCUUGUAAGCAUUCUAAGCAUUUCUCUUUGACUAAUUAGACUUUUCAUAUGACAAUCAAUCUCCACAAUUUGCCAAUUCUUUGCUAAUCUACCCAUGGCGUGAAACAUUUAAUCUACCCUAAUGGUGUUGCUGCACAGGUCAAUAUUCUAUUGUUUACUAAUGGGUCAGCACCCCUAAUGUCUCCGGAACAAGACUAAAUCACCUCUUUAUUUUCAGUGCCCUCUGAGUAAGAGGGAUUGCAGAUAUUCUCCAUCUAGCACAUUAUAAAAUAUGGCUUGUGGCUUUAACACUUUCCUGUCAACUCUUGUUAUAUU